AGUUUCAAUGCUUGUGAUUAACAUUGUUGACAGUGGGGGAUAAAACAUUUUUAUUAAUAAAUGUAUCGUGUUCAAAUUAGAGUGUCUCAACCAAGAUAAGAAUGCAGAUUUACUGUACACAACUUGAUGGAUUAUAUUUAAAAAAAAAACGGAUGAAAAAGCAGAGAUGCUGUCCCCGACCACCUCCUGUGGUUCCACAGGGGGAACACCGAGGCGUUCCCAGGCCAGCUGUGAGACAUAUACCCUCCAAUGUGUCCUAGGUCUGCCCCAAGGACUCUUCCAGGUUGGACAUGCCCAAAACACUUCAACAGGUAGGCAUCCAGGAGGCAUCCAUAGUAGAUGCCCGAGACAUCUCAGCUGGGUCCUCUCGAUGUGAAGGCGCAGCGGCUCUACUCUUAGUCUCUCCUAGAUGACCGAGGUCCUCAGCCUCUCUCUGAAAGUAAUGCCAGACAUCCUGCGGAGGAAACUAAUUUAGGAAUAAAAUAGAAAUCCUGUCAAUAAAGAUAAUGAACAGGACCGGUGACAAAGGGCAGCCCUGGCGGAGUCCAACGCCCGCUGAGAACAUGUCUGACUUACUACCGGCAAUGCAGAUCAGACUCCUGCAACUCUUGUACAAGGACCGAAUGGCCCGUUGCAACAGACCCUAGACCCCGUACUCCUGGAGAACCCCCCACAGGAACGCGAGGGACACAAUCGAAUGCCUUUUCCCACCCCACAAAACACAUGUGGACUGGUUGAGAAAACUCCCAUGCCUACUCCAGAACCCUAAAGAAAUCUGGUCUUGUCUUCUACAACCAGGAAGAAAGCCACAUUGUUCCUCCUGAAUCUGAGGACUCUCCUCUCCAGCACCCUGGAAUAGACCUUUCCCGGAAAGCUGGGAAGUGUGAUCCCUCUACAAUUGGAACACACCCUCCGAUCUCCCUUCUUGAAACAGAGACCACCACCCCGGUCUGCCAAUCCAGAGGUACCGUCCCAGACUUCCACACUAUGUUGAAGAGAUAUGUCAGACACGACAGUCCUAUAACAUCCAGAGCCUUGAGGUAUUUGGGGAAAAUCUCGUCCUCUCCUAGGGUCUUGCAACUGGGUAUAUUUUUGAUUACCUUCAGCAACCUCCAGUGAUAGAGAUGUUUGCGUUUGUGACCUUAGACUCUGUCUCCUCUACGGAGGGUAUGUCUGUAGGAUUAAGGAGAUCCUUAAAGUAUUCCUUCCACUGCCCAACCAUAUAUCCAGUAAUAGUCUGCAGAUUUCCUCCCCCACUAUACACAGUGUGGACAGGGCACUGCUUCCCCCUUCUGAGGCGUCGGAUGCUUUGCCAGAAUCUCUUUGAGGCCGACUAAAAAUCCCCAAACUCCUCCCAUACCCAAGUUUUUGCUUCCGCCAACGCUUAGACCGUGGCUCGCUUGGCUUAUCGGUACCUGUCAGCUUCUUUGGGAGUCCCACAAGCGAGUCAUGCUCGGUUAGAAUCUUUUUUCAGCCUGACUGCCCCCUUUACAUUUGGUGUCCACCAUCGGGUUCUGGGGUUGCCAUCAUGACAGGCACCAACUGCCUUGCAACCAAUUUUCCCUCCAUUUUUUCAUGUGUGAGCAAACGCCAAAACUCCUUGAGCAUUCAGUGGCGCACAUGUGAGCGACGGCAGACAUGCACACUGUUAUGCGCUUAUCUUUUUAUUCGAUUUUGUGCGCGGCCUAGAUUUGCCGUGCGCAGAGGACGCGUGAGCAGUGUGCAAUUGCACAGGCGCGUACCUUAGAGGGAACAUUGCUUGCAACCACAGCUCUGAUCAGCAGCAGCAGCAAUGGAGGUAUGGAAGACGGCCAAUUUGGAUUUAAUGUCUCCCACCUCCUUCGGAAUGCAGUUGAAGCUUUGCCGGAGAACAUCUGGCAAAUGGGAGCAUCCACCAAACGUUGCCAGCUUACCCUCACUAAACGUUUUUGUCCGGCUUCCUCCACCGCCAUCUGAUCCAACUCACCACCAGGUGGUGAUCAGUUGACAGCUCAGCCCCUCUCUUCACCCGAGUGUUCAAGACAUGCGGCCGUGUAUCUGAUGAAACGACUACAAAGUCGAUCAUCGACCUGCGACCUAGCGUGUCCUGGUGCCAUGUGCACUUGUGCGCACACUGAUGUUCAAACAUGUUGUUUGUUAUGGACAAACUGUGGCGAGCACAGAAGUCCAAUAACAGAACACCACUAUGAUUCAGAUCGGGGAGGCCGUUCCACCCAAUCUCCUCCAGGUUUCGGUGUCUUUGCCAUCUUGGGCGUUGAAGUCACUCAGUAGAACGACGAAGUCCCCAGGGGGGGACGCCCUGCAGGGGUCCCCAAGAAGGCCAGGUACUCCGAACUGCCAUUUGGCGCAUACGUGCAAACCACAGUCAGAACCCGUCCCCCGACCUAAAGACGCAGGAUAAUAACCCUCUCGUUCACCGGGGAUGACUUCAGCACACUGGCGCCAAGCCAGGGAGCUAAUAAUAAGCCCACACCUGCUUGCUGCCUAUUCCCCGCGGCAACUCCAGCAUAAAAUUAAGUCAAACCUCUCCAAAGAGUUUGGUUCCAGUGCCUAUGCUGUGAGUUGAGGUGAGCCCAUAUCUCUCGACCUCAUGCACAAGCUCAGGCUCCUUCCCCGAAAGGUUUGUGACGUUCCAUGUCCCAAAAACCAGAUUUGGCAACAGAGGACCGGGUCGCUGAGGCAUUUGCCUUCGACUGCGACCCAAUCCACAUAGCACCAGAUUCUCAUGGGCACUCCUGCAGGUGGUGGUCUGCUGGGGGGUGGUUCCACUUCACUCUUUCGGGCUGUGCCCGGCCGGACUCCGUGCCAGCAGGCGUUCAUUGACAAGCCCCUGCCCUGGGCGUGCCUCCAGAGUGGGGUCCGUGCGAGGUGCGGUUACUAGAUUUUCAUUCCUUCAUAAGAGUCUUCUGAACCGCUUUUAGUCCGACCCAUCACCUCGGACCAGUUUGCCCUGGCAAACCCUACCAGACGCAUGUAGCCCCCCACAACAUUGCUCCUUGGAUCAUUUGGGUACUCAAAAUCCUCAACCACGUUAAGGUGGCGAUUCAUGUAGGAGAUGGUGGUGAUUCAAUAAUAUUGUAGGAUAUACAUUUAACAGUCUCUAACUAAGCAGGAUGUGAAUUUUUAACUUUUUUAUAAAGCACAACUAUGAUAUACUUUACACUAUUCUCAUAUGUGCAAGUUGAAGUCAAGUGUCAAAUAAAUCAUAAAGUAUUAUGCUUGGACAAACAAUACAAAGUCUGACUUGCUGAUGAUGUUACUGAUUGAUUCUGUUUUGGACUUUGCUCCUUGCAAACGUGGGAUUUUCUUGGAAACAUAAUGCCACCUUGUGGCCUCUGCAAAGAAAAUUAAUAACAAAACUUCAGUAGAUGGUAAUUUUUCAGGAUAUUUUCUACUGUUAAAUGUGAUCAUAUUUCUGUGAUCAGCAAUUAAAAAUAACAAGAAAACUAGAUGAUCAGUUUACAAUAUAUUUUGUACUGUUGACUAUGAUUUACAUUUGUGUCAUCAACAAUUAAAAUUAAUAAAACAACUGCAGUAGAUCAUUUCACGUUACAUUUUGUACUGUUAAAUGCGAUCAUAUUGAUGUCAAGAAGAAUAAAAAGUUAAUAAAAAACGUCAUAAAAAAUCAUUUUUGACACAGAAACUUAUUUAUUAAAUAUUUUUUAUUUUACACAUUUAGGACUUAAAUGGGUGAGAAACAAAUACAUAACUACAGUAUGGAAUAAGACAUAAACCUACUGCUGAAAAAACAUAUUUAAAGUUACAGUAGCUGAAAACUUUUAUACAGUAUAGUAUAUGCAGGUGGUAUACUUUUUGCGCAGUAUUGUAUGUGGUAAUAUUUGUUUUAUACAGUACUGCAUGUGGUAAUGAUACCUUUUAUACAAUAUUGUAUGUGGUAUAAUAGUUUAUAUAUGUGAUAACUUCUUAUACAAUAUUGUAUGUAGUAUGAAUAUCUUUACACAGUAUGUAUGUCCAUCUAUCCAUCUUCUUCCGCCUAUCAGAGGUUGGGUCACGGGGGAAGCAGCCUAAGCAGGGAAGCCCAGACUUCCCUUUCCCCAAUCACUUCGUCCAGCUUCUCCAGGGGGAUCACGAGGCGCUCCCAGGCCAGCCAGGAUAUAUAGUCGUCCCAACGUGUCCUGGGUCUUCCCCGUGGCCUCCUACCGGUCAGACGUGCCCGAAACACCUCCUGAGGGAGGCGUUCGGGUAGCAUCCUGACCAGAGGCCCAAACCACCUCAUCUGGCUCCUCUCGAUGCGGAGGACCAGCGGCUUCACUUUGAGCCCCCCCCAGAUGACAGAGCUUCUCACCCUAUCUCUAAGGGAGAGCCCCACCACCCGGCGUAGGUAGCUCAUUUUGGCCGCUUGUACCCGUGAUCUUGUCCUUUCGGUCAUAACCCAAAGCUCAUGACCAUAGGUGAGGAUGGGAACGUAGAUCGACCGGUAAAUUGAGAGUUUUUCCUUUCGGCUCAGCUCAUUUUUCACCACAACAGAUUGAUACAGCAUCCGCAUUACUGAAGACGCCGCACCAAUCUCCCUGUCGAUCUCACUAUCCACUCUUCCCUCAUUUGUGAACAAGACUCCGAGGUACUUGAACUCCUCCACUUGGGGCAAGAUCUCCUCCCCAACCCGCAGAUGGUACUCUACCCUUUUCUGAGCGAGAACCAUGGACUUGGAGGUGCUGAUUCCCAUCCCAGUCGCUUCACACUCGGCCUUGAACCGAUCCAGUGAGAGCCUGAGAUCGUGGCCCGAUGAAUCAUCUGCAAAAAGCAGAGACCUAAUCCUGCAGCCAACCAAACCAGAUACCCUCAAGGCCUGUCUGCGCCUAAAAAUUCUGUCCAUAAAAGUUAUGAACAUAAUCUUUGACAAAGGGCAACUUUGGCAGAGUCCAACCCUCACUGGAAACAGGUCCGACUUACUGCCGGCAAUGCGGACCAAGCUCUGACACUGAUCAUACAGGCAGUGGACCACCACAAUCACAGUUCGUCACCCCAUAAUCUCAAAGCACUCCCUACUGGACUUCCCGGGGUACACGGUCGAAUGCCUUCUCCAAGUCCACAAAGCACAUGUAGACUCGUUGGGCAAACUCCCAUGCACCCUCAAGGACCCUGCCGAGAGUAUAGAUCUAGUCCAAAGUUCCACGACCAGGACAAAAACCACACUGUUCCUCCUGAAUCCGAGGUUUGACUAUGUGUGUGGUAUUUCUUUUUUUCAAUCUAGUAUUGUGUAUGGUAUAUUUUAUUUUAUAAAGUGCUGAAUGAGGUAGUAUUAUAAUACUAUAUGAGGUAUAACAUUGGAUAGGGUGGUAACAUUAUCCUUAUCUUUUUUUACUGCAAAAUAAACUAAUUUAGACUUAUUCUUACUUGAGUAAUCUUAUCAGAAUUGUACAAGGUCAUACAGUACAUAAUAUACGUGCAGUUAUUUCUCACUUGGAAACAUGAAGUUCAGAUGUUCAGUGAGAGCCGUAUCUUUGUUUUACUAUAUCUUUGAAUAUGACUUACCGGUAUAAGUAUUACAACUCUAAUUGCAUUUUUCCUGUCAUAUCUGCACCUUGUAUUGUAUCCCCUUCAUUGCCAUGACGACGCAGAUAAAAUGAAAUACAAGUUAUUUGUAGUUAAACUUUGACUUGUUCAGUUUUUUCUGGGGAGGAGCCACUCUCUCAUCACAUUGCAUGUCCUUUACUCCCUUUAGUACAUCUUUCACCGUGUACUACUACAACUAUUUCUCCUCCUUCUCUUCUUCCUCCUCCUCCUGCUACUACUCCUACCACAACUACAGCAGCAAGCCAGACACAGAACUGCUGAAAAUGAACAGUUGUACUGAGAAGUUUACAUUUGACCCUAAAGAGGGAAUCGACAACCCAUUGAUGGUACACACAGAAGAGUCAACUGCCAGACCUCGCCUGUGUGUGCUGAAGAAGGAGGAAGGAGAAUCUUUUGGCUUUCAUCUGCGCUUGGAAUGGACGCAGCGGGGUCACAUCAUUAGAAACGUGCUUUCAGGAGGGGUGGCAGCACGUUGUGGACUACAAGAUGGAGACAGGCUUCUUGAAGUCAACAACGUCUAUGUUGACGACAUUCCCCACCCGGAGGUCGCCAAGAGAAUAAGGCUGAGUGGACAACAAUUAUGUUUGUUGGUGUUGGACGGACAAGAAUAUGAAAAAGCUUGUGGUCAUAACCUGCACCAUCUUGUCAGAGCACACAAGAGCCCAGAUCCCAAACCACCAAGAUUGUGUCACAUCGUCAAAGAUCCCGCCUCAGGUCUUGGUAUCAACUUCAUACCUGUAGGAGCUGAAAAAGGUUGCUUCUCUGUGAACGUGCUUCCUGGAGGGGCAGCUGAAAAGUCUGGAGUUCAGAAUGGGGAUCGCCUGCUGUGGCUAAACGGAGCAACAGUUUUCCAUCUCACACACACUGCACUCAGCAGGAUGAUGAAAAAAUGCACUUCCAUCACCGUCUUAGUGAUGGACAGCGAGAGUGAGAAGAAGUACUCCAAGUUAAAGAUGCCUAUUCUUCCAUGUAUGGCCGUUCCACAUAAGCUGCCCUACAGCUCCAGAAAACUACACUUGCUUUCUGGACCCGAAGGUUACGGUUUUCUACUUCGAUUUGAGAAGGCGCCAUCUGGACGCACAUCUCAUGUGCUGCGAAAGGUGGACGCUGGCAGCCCAGCAGAGAAGGCGGGAAUGCGGGAUGGCGAGGUGUUGCUGGAGGUCAACGGAGAGUCAGUGGAGUUGCUGCAACAUGACGACAUUGUGAAGAAAGUGAGAGAGAGUAAACAUACCUCACUCACGACUAUUACUCCCCAAGGCCAAGAGUUCUACACGCAGGCGGACGCGUCUGGCCAGGGACUGGGGGCGGUGCUGUCCCAGCGGGUGGAGGGCGUCGACCGCCCCGUGCUUUACAUCAGCCGGAAACUCUCGGACCGGGAGGAAAGGUACAGCACGGUGGAGAGGGAGUGCCUUGCCAUCCAGUGGGCGGUCGGGGCAAUCCGCUACUACCUGUUGGGGCGUGCCUUCAGUCUCUGCUCGGACCACAAACCACUCCAGUUGCUCCACCACAUGAAGGAUGCCAAUGCGCGGAUCACCCGGUGGUACCUUGCAUUACAACCACACAACUUCCGGGUGGUCCACAUAUGGCCGUGGCCGACUUCCUUUCUCGCCCAGCUAUGCGGGGGGGGGAAUGGGCGUGGCUGGACGAAUGCCCGGCCUGAAGCUGGCGGUGGAGGCAUGUGGGGAGGGGCGUGGUCCACGCGUUCCCUGCGGGCGGGGUGUGUGCAGGGGCCGGCCAUGAAGCAGCUGACAGAUGAGUGGAUAAUCUCUGCUGGAACGGGUUAUCUAAACCACUGUUCCUUCAUUAGCAGCGUGGGAGACCAUGAGGAGGGGAGAACACGCAUGCGACACCGUCUGUGGGAGAGCGGCUGAAAAGCUGAAUAGACUUUGUGUGAAGAGAAUCAAAACCAUUGUAAACGCUGGGCUGAAAAGCCAAAGAGACUUUAUGUGUAAAUAAUUAAAACAAUUGUAAACACUG